AUGAAUAGCACUGCAGCAGGUGCAGAUACCCCUUCGCCGACAAGUCGAAGCUUGCCACAGCUCGGCGAGGACAUGUUGAGUCGCAAAGCUAUGGUUCUGCGAGAAGAGCAGAUCCAACAAUACUUCCCUGGCCUGGAAUCGCGCGGCUGGUCUCUUGUACACGGCGAACCGUCCUCUUCACUAGAGAAACACUUUACCUUUGGAACGGAGGAUGAGCUCGCGAGCUGGACGGGCGAGAUGUUGGCGUAUAUGCAACGGGCCAAGCACCAUGCACGACUGAAGAUUAUGUACAAGUCGGUCAAUGUCCAAACCAACACGCAUCGCGCGUAUACGCCGGAGGAACCGAAAGUGUCACGUCCUGGCCUUUCCAAUAAGGAUGUACAGCUUGCAUACCACGCGGAGCAGCUGUUCGAAGAUAACACACCGAAGGCGGAGUGA